AUGGUGCGCAGAGAGCUUAUUUGUCGCGUGGAAGAUCCCCGACCGUUGUUCAAGGAGUUGGAUCAACUACAUGGACACGACCAGGAGGACCUUUCUCGUCGAGAGCUUCUCCAGAGACUUCAAGGAGCCGCUUCACACUUCAAGGCCGCUCCUAAAGACAACGUUUGUGUUGCGACCCGCUGGAAUGGUCUUAUGGUGCAGAAUGCACUAGCCCGCUCUGUCUGUGACGAUGCAGAGGCUAUUAAUCAGGAUGCCGAGCUAUCAGACUCAAUGCGCGAAGGUCUUCCGUAUACUCAAAAGACACUCGACAAACUUGCACAGGCGAUCGCUGAAGAGAAUGAAAGGGCCAAGGAACGCGCCGAGCAGAGCAAGCAAAACGGGUUCGCGGCAAAUUCCCGUCCAGGGGAACUGGGAACUGGGCCAUCUGACCAGUUAGAACAUCGCUAUUUCGAUUCUAGAUUGCUUUCUUACGAGGAGGUUCGCAAAUCUCGCACGAGAGCGAACGAUUCUUUUAAGCAAGACGUCUUCCACCGGCUAGACAAGUUGGAGCUUGAGAUCCUGCAACACAAGAAGAAAGCCCUAGAAGAAGAGCUUCGCCUGAGAGCUCUAGAGAACACGAAGACUGAGAAAACAUGGGAACAACGAGUCAAAGACGGCGACAAGGGCCAAGCGGGACAACUAGUGAAAUCCGCUACGGAGGAAACAAUCCCUCAGACUCAUGAACAGGGGGAAAUCUACGAUGAUGGCUGGGCCAAUUUUUUCAAAGAGCCUCAGACGCCCCAUAAGCAAUACCGCUAUGCAUCUUUCCAGGAGAUUCAAGAUGAGUCAAGAGCGGCCGAGAAGCGUGGCCGAUCCCCAGCCAAUCCCGGUACUACAGAGUCUCAAGUUAUUUUCGAAGAGCCGGAUGAGCUUUGUCAUAAUGACGGUGUUGUUGGAGAGAGUGUAAGACCUUCAAGAGAACUUGGAGCAACGGUUUACGUAGAAGAGAAACCGUCUUCAGAGGACGAGAGACGUGCAAGACCCCGUUCUUCGACGCGGUCAUCUAGACGUGACUCUCAGGAUUCAGAGCAUCGUUAA